AUGCUGCGUCUGUUUGGCGCCGUCCAUGCUCGGAACGCAAACCUGGGCGCGAUCAAUCGUGCGCAUGUGGUGUUGCUGCCCAAGGCUGAUGGUAUCCUUGCACCUAGGUCCUUCAGACCUGUCUCGCUGCGAAACUCCUCCAUCAAGACGGUUUGCAAGGCUCUUACCAGUAGGCUCCAAGCUCAGAUUGGAUCGCUUGUGGAUGAAAAUCAGUCGGGUUUUCUGUCCGGAAGAAGCAUCUCUGAAAACUUUGUUUUUGCUACGGAGCUGGUCCAGUGCUGCUUCAAGCGUUUUGCUCCCUCUCUGGUCCUCAAGCUGGAUUUCUCUAAGGCUUUCGAUUCAAUUGAUUGGAAGAGUCUCCGCGCGAUUAUGUUGGCGCGUGGUUUUUCCCCAGUCUGGUGUGAUUGGAUGGACAUGAUCCUGGCCACCUCCAAGUCUGCUAUUUUGCUAAAUGGUGUCCCCGGGCCAUGGAUUGACUGCAAGCGAGGCCUAAGGCAGGGCGACCCGCUAUCUCCAUACCUUUUCUUGCUGGUUGCGGAUGUGCUGCAGCAGCUUAUCCGGCAGGACCCACUCUUAUGCCACCCAAUCGUUGAUGGUGCUCCCUGUCAGGUUCUACAGUAUGCCGACGACACUCUCAUCAUUAUGCGUGCUAACCUGCCUGCUGCGGUGCGGCUCAAGGAGCUGCUGGAUCAGUUUGCGGAUGCGACUGGUUUGACGAUCAACUUCCACAAAAGCACCCUGGUCCCUAUGCAUGUCCCUGAGGCUGCUUUGUUGGAGAUCCAAGCUGCUCUCGGCUGUCGGGUCGAAGGUUUUCCUCAGACUUAUCUUGGCUUGCCCCUGUCCUGCGAAAAGCUCACCAUGCUCCACUUCGCGCCUUUGAUUGCCAAAUGGUGGGCGGGUGGUGCUGCUCAACGCCGUGCUCGAUGCCCUCCCCACCUUUGCCAUGGGGCCCUCGACCUGCCGCCCGCCUUGCUCUGCGCCAUUGACGCGCUCCGCCGGGCUUUCCUCUGGAACGUGCCGGGGCGCGCGACCGGUGCCAAAUGCCUCGUCGCCUGGGACGCGGUGUGCCGCCCCAAGAGGGAAGGUGGCCUUGGGAUCAAGUGCCUCGCCACGAAGAAUGAGUGCCUACAGCUCAAGCUUGUGCACCGUCUUCACUCCGAUGUCCUCGCCCCGUGGCCCCGCUGGGCUUGGAGUGCGGCUGCUGGCCACGUUGUUCCCGGCCAGCAUUGGAAGCACCUCCAGGCGCUCAUGCCCCUAUACCGGAGCAUCUCGGUGGCCAAGGUGGGAGACGGGCAGCGGGUGCUGUUCUGGUUGGACAACUGGAUCGGUGGGGAGGCCAUUGGCAGCCGGUGGCCCAUCCUCCUCUCGCAUGCUCUGCGUCGUGGCGCCACAGUCAGCUCCGUGAUCGCCGUUGGCGUUCGUCAGUCACUGGUCCCGAGGCUGACCGCUGCUGCCGAGCGCCUGCUUCCGGCCCUCCUCGCCCUGGUGGGUGAGGUCGCGCUCUCGGAGGCGACCGACACGCGCGAGCUGGUGCGCUGCCGCAAGAGGGCUGGUGGCCUGGAUGCCUCGGCGUUGUACCGGCUGCGCACCUGGGGCGGCGUCGACGACCCGGCCCACGACUUUGUGUGGAAGAACUUUGCGCCCUCCAAGGUGCGGUUCUUCGCCUGGUUGCUGUCCAAAGGCCGGGUGCAGUCACGGGCGUCGCUGCUGCACAAGAACAUCCUGGCGUUCGCUGAAGCCGGCUGCCCCGUUUGCCAUGCUCCUCUGGAGACGGCGAACCACAUCUUCUUCGAGUGCCCCUUCGCGCGCCGCUUCUGGGGUGCUGUGGGCUUUCAGUUCCCCGACGCUGCUGAUGUCAAGCUCCUCCACGGGUACGCCGCUCAUGCUGCGGUGCCUCCGGACUCUGCCUCGACGUUCACCCUGCUGUGCUUGUGGAACCUGUGGAAACAUAGGAAUGCCGUCGUCUUCCGUGAGCAGCAACCCUGCCUCCCGCUGCUGCUACAUCUCUGUCGGAGUGAGGCUCGUUUCUGGCGAGCUAGACUACCUGGAGAUCAAGAACUCGCCGAGGCAGCUUGGCUUGGCUGCCUAACAGAGAACAUCGCCUCUAUCUGA